GCAGGUUAGGUUCGUCACAAUUUAUGACUUGUUUGUGUUCCCUAUCACACGUAAUUCGAGAGUACAGCAAAUCGAAGAUGCGCCACUGCGCCAUUAGCUCCUGUUGCGCCAUCUAUUCAUAGCACAAUGAAGCUAAGAGGAAAAUGGUACCAUGAGAUACAUAUUUCGUUGCCCAGUUUUAGUGGGAAAUGAAAGAAAUUCAUCACGACUCUUGAGGGUAAAAAUGAGUUGACAUUAUGAAGAAGUCUUAUAAUCCGGUUACGGAUGUGAGAAAUGAAAAUGUUGAGGGCACACGGCGGCUCUACAGGGCUAUAUCGGAUAUAGCAAGAAAUUUAGAUGAAGGCAGAGACAGAGCCCAAUCAUGUACUGAACUGUUUCUACCAAAUGCUGAAACACAACGAUUGAAGCUACGAGACUACUGCGAGAGGCUGAUUUUUUCAGACCCCCUUGGCUUUGGGCGCAAAGGUGAAGAACUUCUGUGGAGAAAAGGCUACUACGAUGUAGUGACAACAGCAAAACGACUCAGAAAGAAUAAUGUGUGGAGCCAAGAUGAAGAAGCACAUUUACAGCGUCAUCUUUAUGCUGGUGUGGGGCACUACCAUCACAUAAUAUUUCGUCUUCAGAUUGAUUUUAAGUUAGAUUUACGAGGAAAUGUUGAUUUCCCUCUUUUAGUAAAUGACGGUGGAUUAACAAAAGGCAAGUUGGGAUCAUCCCGAUGCCAGGAAGAAGGCGUUUCAGAAUGGGCACACCAAGCUUUACAUCGAAGCUUGGUUUUCUUGGGUGAUUUAAGUCGAUACCUUUUGGAAUUGCAUCCUGAAUGGGAUUCUGGGCUUCCGCAACGUUACUAUUUGCAGGCCAUAAGUUUGAAUUCUGAUAUGGGAAUGCCUCAUAACCAAUUAGGUACUUUAUCUGGAUCUCAGAAUUACAGUGUCGAUGCUGCAUAUCAUUACAUGCGAUGCCUGAUUUUAUCAUGUCUUCAUUCUUUUGAUGGUGCUGAAGGAAAUUUGCGCAGAAUAUUUGAAAGAAAUGCCAAGUGGCUUGAACAUCACAAUCGUUGGAAUUUGGAUGACAAAGUGGAAGAAAUGCCACCCACAGAGCGCAUUCAUCGAUUUAUUGCAAGAUUUAUGGUUGUGGUGGAUGUUUGGUUUUUUGACAAAACUUUUCCAGCUAAUCCUAGUCAGCUUUGCCAGCAAAUGGUUGAAGAUCUAAGACAUUGUCUCAUGUACAGUAAGCGAUUUCCUUCUGACAGUCAGUUGUCACCGGAACAUCUAGAUUUGGAUGAACUUUUGAAUUUGGAUGCAAAUUGUGACCAUGAGAAGCCAGAAUAUCUGAAAGAUGAUCUGGUAUUUAAAUUAGUGUCCAUGUUGCUGUUAUGUAUAUCUCGCUUACAAGCAAAACGUUCAAAACUACUAUCAGGUCUCACAGUUUUUACUCUAGCAAUAGUUUCAGAAAUAGUUCAACAAGUAAUUAAUCAUAUUCAAGAUUCAGUACUUACAUUGUCCAUUCCUUCUCUUGGUGCCCCUUUUACACCCCCUCUUCUAACAUCUGAAAAUAGUGAUCCUUCUGUUGCAUCAACUGAAUCUAGUGUGUGUGUGUCACUAUCAUCCUGCCCUACGGUUCCCUUUCCUGAAGAAAGGGUAAAACCCACCCUAGCUGAUGAGAUUGAAAAAACAGCUGCACCAAAGGAAAAUGGUGAAAUUUUGCCUUCUGUUAAUGGUUCUCUUGAAAAUGAAGGAAAAAAGAAAAAGAAGAAAAAGCUGAAGUAUUUAAGCAAGUUUCGGCGCCGGAGGCCUAAAAUUUCUGUUCAAAACAGCUCUGAAGAUUCAGAUUAUAGUGACGGUGACUUGCCUUAUGGGAGUAGUUCCAGCUCAGAUGAAGGCAACGAUGACAUUUCAGAGAAUGAUGAACAUUUAAUCUAUGAUGAAGUUGACGACGAUGAAGAUGAUGAAGAUUCUGAUACUUCUUCCACUAGCACUCAGGUUGAGUCGAAAGAAACUAUUUCUGAUGAAAAUAAACAGAAUGACAAAAAGGAGGUGAUAACAAACGGAGAGUGUCAGUCAAAAGAUUCUUCACAAGAUCUGAGUGAAAAAUUACUGGUUAAUGGUAUCAAUGGAUGCAGCUCAGAAACAGAAGAAAGUGUGAAUGAAAUUUCAUGCAACUCUCCAUGUAUUGAAGGUGAGAAAGAAGAAAUUAAUGUGUCUGGCACUGGCCAUCCUAAUCAUGUGAUAGAAAAAGGAUUUAAAUCAAAUGGUCAGAUGGACCCUGCUGAUAUAAUAGAAUUGGUUGCUGAGGAAGGCUUAUUGCAAGUUGUCAAAAUUUGUGCGGACUGGCUUCUUGGAGAAAAAGAAGUUCUGAAAGCUUGUGGUCGGAGUUCACCAACACUGUUGAGUCGUAUAGUAACCAUGCUCAACCUUAUCAAUAUUGAUGCUGAAGUUUUGGAGAACAGGCAAGACAGUGCCAAGUUCUUCAAAUUAAAAAAUAUUUCAGAAAUUUUCCAGAAAGUUCCUCUUACAGAGGAUGUUAAAAUGAAGGGUAUUUUGGUCUUAAAAGAAGCUCAUGAAUUAGUGGAUUGGGAAUUCUGCAGGAAUUACUGUUUACACACCAAAGAGGAGGCAUUACUGAGAGUCUACAAGUUAGUGAAUUUUGGGAAAUUUCUUGUUGAUAUUGAAGAUAUCAAGAUCUGCUAUGAUGAGAAGAAACAUCAAUUCUCAAUGAAGCAGGAAGCCAUAACAGAAGAGACUAACCUUCCAGCAAUUAAUAUAAUGUAG